CGCCAGGGGCCGGCACCGCGGCGCAACGGGCCGCUCGUUGCUGAGGCCCCGCCAACCCUCGUAGCUCCGCGGCGCUCCGGGCUCGCGGCGGCGGGUACGAGCGUGCACUUCCUCAACCCCGCGGUGCUUCCCGGCAGCACUGCGGACAGAGGGGCUCCGAACCGGCCGCGCCUCCGGAGUUGGUGUCGGGGAGCCUGGAGGGCCGGGAGCGGGGAAGCGCUGUCCCAGCCACCGUGGGGCUCAGGGAGGUGGGAGCGAGUGGGCGCCGCCGAGGUACGAUACGAUAAGGUAUAACAAGGAUACAGUAGCUGUUACUGAACUGGCCAUGUCUUGAGGUACCUGCGUUUUUUUCUUACCCCGCCACAAACUUCUUCAGUGAAGUAGGAUCAAUGGGUGUAUAUGACUUUUCACCUCAUCUAAAGCGGUUCCAUGUCUUGUUUGGACUGUUCCUGUAUUCUACGUACACCGGUUGAGUCAAUCCGACCAGAAAAGCAAUCUCAGAGCAGCAGCCAUGAAUCCCUGGCUGAUUCAGAGCUAGCCUGGAUUCCCCCAUCUAAAGGAGGGAAUGAAAUGCUAUUUUGCUCUUCUGAUGUCUCUCACUAUGAACUGCAGGUGGAAAUAGGAAGGAGAUUCAACAACUUAACUUCAAUCUACCUUGCACGGCAUACCCCUACAGGCACACAAGUUGCCGUAAGGAUCACAGACCUAGAAAGCUGCUCAGAAGAGCAUCUGAAAGCCUUACAGAAUGAGGUGGUUUUGUCCCACUUUUUCCAGCAUCCCAACAUAAUGACGCUUUGGACAGUGUUUACAGCUGGUAGUUGGCUUUGGGUCAUUUCUCCAUUCAUGGCCUAUGGUUCUGCUCGACACCUGCUGAAGACUUACUUUCCUGAAGGAAUGAGUGAAGCUUUGAUAGGAAACAUUCUGUUUGGUGCAAUCAGAGGAUUAAAUUACAUGCACCAGAAUGGCUACAUUCACAGGAAUAUUAAAGCUAGCCACAUUCUGAUUUCAGGGGAUGGAUUGGUUUCUCUCUCUGGCUUAAACAACCUCUACAGUUUAGUUAACAAUGGACAAAAGUCAAAGGUGGUGUAUGACUUCCCCCAGUUUAGUACAUCUGUACUUCCUUGGCUGAGCCCUGAACUACUGAGACAGGAUUUGUCUGGGUAUAAUAUGAAGUCCGAUAUCUACAGCGUAGGAAUAACAGCAUGUGAAUUAGCCAAUGGACAUGUUCCAUUUCAAGAUAUGCCUCGCACUCAGAUGCUGCUGCAGAAGCUGAAAGGUCCCACAUACUAUCCUUGGGAUAUAAAUGCCUUCCCCCAUGGGGAAUCCAGAAUGAAGAAUUCCCAAUCGGGUGUUGAUUCUGGAAUUAGCGAGAGUAUGACACGCACAAUGACGAGCGAAAGACUACAAAACCCUGUUUCCAAAACAUUUUCCCCUGCAUUCUACAACUUGGUAGAACUUUGCUUGCAACAGGACCCUGAGAAAAGGCCAUCAGCACGCAGUUUGCUAUCUCAUACGUUCUUCAGACAGGUAAAAGAACAAACACAGAACUCACUACUGUCCCUGUUACCACCCCCUGUUCACAACAACAGAUCAGAGUUCUUGGCACUGCCCUCAGCGUCAGCUGGGGCUGAACUUGGAUAUAUUGCUGCAACUCAGCACGAUACAGACUGGGAAUUCUAAUCAGACACCAACAAUCAUACCUCUCCUGUGCUUCAAAGAAGGAAAAUGUGAUUUCUACUUGCUGCUUUAGUUUGUAUGGUUAACAUACAGUUAGAUGCAGUAUACUUGAAAAUGCAGUUGAAGUGACCAUGUUUCAUUAACUUCAUCAUACGUUUGUAUCAGGAAAUGCAAUAUGCCUCAUUUUUCAGAUGACAAGCAGAACUGCAUGUAGGAACAACUGAAUUCUUAUCUCCCUCCUUUGAAGUAUUUCAUAACAAAUAUGAAGGUUCCUGCUGUAUUUUUACUUUAUCCUGCACUUUUUAGCUCGUGUUACUGCAGUCCAAGUGCCUUUCUGAAUUCAAGCUUUGUCUUUUGUCUACAGUUUUUCUUCAAUAAUCUAUUUAUCUUUCACUGUUGCCUACAUUAUCAUAGUGAGGAGGAAUCUUCCAUUUUCAAGCCUGAAUUUGAAAAUGCAGAAAUGAGUUUCUUAUACAAAUGUUUCUCUCUCCUGCCUCCCAAAUGGUGUGUUGUGCAGUUGACAUGCUGUCAGUGUUUGCCCUGAGUUAGCUAUCCAUCAAGUCUUUCCUGCAGUUUCAGUACUGCAUGUUGACCAAAGAAGCGAGUUAAAAAUGCUCUUGCGUUUUUCUGCGUUCUUAAUACAGACUUGUGCUUUUGCAUCUCCAUUUACUGUUGCAUCAUCUUAACAAGCAAUUUGAGAACCUCUUAUAACGUAAAGAGAGUCUUAAGUUAUAACACAUAUGGGUUAAUUUUGAAGAGCUGUUAAAUGAUCUGAAGUCACUGUAUGUAUUUUUUGUUUAUACUGUGUAUCUGUCCCCCACCGAGUAUUAUCUGAACCUAAUAUUGUUUCCUCAAAAGUUACAAAACACAUUAAGCUUCACCAGUGUUGCUGCUUGCAAACAUCUUGUGCAGUUGGAUUCCCAUUAUUCGAUUCAGCCAGAGCACAAAUUCACAAGAAUCUGAGCGGUUUUAUUGUCUCUUUCCUGAUAAAAACUGCUCUUAUGCCCACAAAAGAACACUAACUUCUCAUGUCCCACACUACACCGAGCAACACAAGCAGCAUUUUUUCUUAAAUAAAAAAAAUUACAACUGCAACCUCAUCACGUUCUAGAAAAAUCUGUGUCCCGAGCCACUACUACUUGCUGACAUAUGUUCUGACAGUAGUGAAAAUGUACAGAUAGCAAAAGGACGCAUUUCAGUUUUUCAACACACGGAAAUUCCACUGUGAAGUGCUCAAACCUGACACAGCUGGGCUUACCUGCAACCAGCACUGUAAGUGCUACUGCUUUGCAAGCAGCUUCUCUUCAAAGCCUUGAAUGCCAAAUGACUGGAAGGUACAACCGAUUCUAAAUAAUCACACUGAAGUGUUACCAAAAUACUUGACACUACUCAUUAUGCUGUGAAAGGAACUCAUAGUUCAGAACAUAAUAGCUAAAACUAAGCUUAAGAGCCUCUCAAUAAACUUGCCCUGUCUGCCUCCGUGUAUUUCUGUAA